UUCCAACAACCUUCACGUCUCACCUAAAAUUUUAGGUGUAUGUCUGUAUGACAAUUCGAUAGCAGUUUAAAAAUUUAUCAAAUUAUCGUUAAAAACGUGGUAAUUAAGUGUAAAAAACAUGGAACCGUAUGACGUUAUUGUUAAUCAGCCCGUCGUCAUCGAUAACGGUUCUGGAGUAAUAAAAGCGGGCUUUGCUGGUGAUCAGAUUCCAAAAUGUCGAUUUCCAAAUUACAUUGGAAGACCAAAGCAUGUACGAGUAAUGGCAGGUGCUUUAGAAGGUGACCUUUUUGUUGGUCCUGUAGCUGAAGAGCAUCGAGGUCUUCUAUCUCUUCGUUAUCCUAUGGAGCAUGGAAUUGUCACAGAUUGGAAUGACAUGGAAAGAAUUUGGUCUUACGUUUAUAGUAAAGACCAAUUAUCAACUUUUAGCGAAGAGCAUCCAGUACUCCUAACGGAAGCUCCAUUAAAUCCAAGAAAAAAUCGAGAAAGAGCAGCAGAAAUUUUUUUUGAAUCUUUCAAUGUUCCUGCAUUAUUUGUAUCAAUGCAGGCUGUACUCAGUUUGUAUGCAACUGGUCGAACGACUGGAGUUGUGCUUGAUUCUGGAGACGGUGUUACACAUGCUGUACCUAUCUAUGAAGGAUUUGCAAUGCCUCACAGCAUAAUGAGGAUAGAUAUUGCUGGAAGAGAUGUCUCCCGAUAUCUUAGGUUGCUUUUGCGUAAAGAAGGUGUAAACUUCAAGACGACAGCUGAAUUUGAAAUUGUUCGAACGAUUAAAGAACGCUCUUGCUAUCUUUCGAGCAAUCCCCAGAAAGAAGAGACUGUAGAAACAGAGAAAUUCCAAUAUAUUUUACCUGACGGUAGCUCCUUAGAGAUUGGUCCUGCUAGAUUCAGGGCGCCUGAGGUAUUGUUUAGACCAGAUCUCAUAGGAGAGGAAUGUGAUGGAUUACAUGAAGUAUUAAUUUACUCAAUACUCAAGUCAGAUCUAGAUUUGCGAAAGGUGCUCUUCCAAAACAUCGUACUAUCUGGAGGCUCUACAUUAUUCAGAGGGUUUGGUGAUAGAUUACUCCUAGAGAUUCGUAAAUUGGCACCGAAAGAUAUAAAAAUAAGGAUUUCUGCACCUCAAGAACGCUUAUAUAGUACGUGGAUUGGAGGUUCCAUUUUAGCAUCACUGGAUACAUUCAAAAAAAUGUGGGUGAGCAAACGUGAAUAUGAUGAAGAUGGAAGCAGAGCGAUACACCGUAAAACGUUCUGAGCUACUACUAUAAACUAUAGACUAUAGAUUAUAAUCAUCAAUCAUGUGAUUGAUAAAACUAUAUUAAUUUUUUAAAUGAAAACACAAAAAAAUGCUCGGCACAACAUCUCUCACGUUUUUUAAACGUAACACUUGUAACAUUUUUCUUAUCACUUAUCUUCUUGGAAUGAAGGAAGUGAUAAUUAGAGAUCGAAAUUCGACGCGAAUUUAAUAUUUAAGUUUAAUGCUACACUAAUAUGGUUGGUUUAUUUUUUUAAUAUUAUCAUUUUUUGAAUAUGACUUUUAUACUGGCGUAAAAAUCGUGAUAUUUAACUAGUCUUGUUUCGAUCUCUCUCUCGAAAAAAAGUUAAAUGGCAAUGAAAUAAUUAUCUAUCAAGAAAAAAUACACAGAAUUUUUAUAGUUAAGUUAGUUUUUUGUCAAAAUAUCGAUUUAUCUGAGUUUUUUAUACCGUGUAUCAUCUCAUUGAUAUUUAUUAUAAUAAAUUAAACAUUACAUAGAAAUUAAAGAUGUCUAAAUAAUAGCGCUCUAUAAAAUUUAACUCAAAAUUAUUCAAAUUGAU